AUGGCCAACGCAGAGUCUCCAGAUCCUACUACGGACCUUGUUCCUGUUACAACUGAGGGCGAAGAAGUUGAUCCUGUCGCGCCAGCGCCCGAGCCGAAAGUCCAGACGCGGAAAGAUGCUACCUUGAAAGAGUUCCUGUCUAAGAUGGACGACUAUGCACCUAUUAUUCCAGAUGCAGUCACGAAUUACUACUUCACCAAAGCUGGUUUACCCCCGCCCCCACAGACCGAUGAGAAGCUGGCCCGCAUCCUAGCUCUUGCAACUCAGAAAUUCAUUGCAGACAUUGCAGCAGAUGCUUACCAAUAUUCCCGCAUACGAUCGUCUAAUUCUUCCAACGCGAACAAUCCCAUGGGUAAUCUAGGGGCAGCUGCUGGAUUUCCUGUUCCCGGCCAACCCACAACUGCUCCGGGUAGUAAAGAGCAGCAGGGCAAGGGCGGUCCUUUAGGAAUUCAAAGACCGGGCUAUGGUGGCGGUGGGCAAGGUGGAAGCCAAAACAGGACCGUGUUGACCAUGGAAGAUUUGGGAAUGGCAGUGGGCGAAUAUGGUGUCAAUGUUAAAAGAGGAGAGUUCUAUAGAUAG